AGCCGUCAGUACAGCUUUUGCAUUACCACAGAGCAGCACUAUCUGUGUCAUUCAUUACGCUUUUAUUGUUGUGUUUCGCAGGAAUUAUCUGGUGGGACAGUUAACUUGACUCUUUUGUUGGUUCAGGUCGGUCCCAUCCUCGCGCCGAAAUGAGUGUGAGGGUGCCUUCGGAAAACGUCUUUCUGACGGCGCUGCAGCCCAAUUCGACCGUCAGUACUUACGCGGUACCGUCCGAAAACGAGCUCUCGCACACCGGGACACAUGCCAAAGAGGACUCCAGAUUUAAACGUGUACACCAGCAGGUGUCCAUGAGAAUGGCGGAGAAAUCCACUCUUCCGCGCCAGAACGGCUCUUCGUCACAAUACGCAGCCUCAGAGUCUGGCUCAACGAUGACAAAAUAUCAGACCCAGAGCUUCACCCCAAGUUUUAGCUCAAAAUCCUACGCCUAUAACGCAAGCAGACCAAUGGUGUCACAGCGUCCCUCUCAGUUCUCUAGUAGUGGUUACUCAUCCCGCUCUGCCAUCGAUUUUGGUCCAAGAACCAAAAUCAGCUACACAGGAGGAGGUGGUGGUGGUGGAGGCUACCAAGAAGACUUCGUGAGUGGCAGUUACCAGAGUGGUGGUUUACAGAGUGCCAGUUUCCAAAGUGGUGGUUACCAAGUUGGUGCUGGCCAGCAGCAAGCCAACACAAUGACUCGUUCCUUCAGCCGAAUGGGUGGUGACCAAGACACAGUGUCAGUGCAUUCCAUGCGUUUAUCAUCCGUUCCACGGCAGGCUUCCUGGGUGGGACAAGAUGACAGUGAUGGCAGUCUGGUUUCAGAGCGUGAUGCCACGUAUGUGCAACAAGCAGCCACCCACAAUAUGAGCAAUGGCUACACAGCCAGCACCUACCCACGCCAGUCUUUGUACUCGUUGUCCAGAGUGAACGGCUAUGAUGGCGAACAGCAGCAGGUCAGAUCCAUGACUCUACCGCCCAUGCAACGCUCCCUUAGUGGAACACUCGUGACUACCGGCAGAGGCGGCAUGGAGCAGGAAGUUUACACUCGACAGCAGUCCUUCAAAGGCCCCGCCCACCGUACCAUCAGCCGAAUCAACAAUCGCCAACAGAGUCGUGUAUGCACUGUUCCAUCUAGCAUGUAUGGUAGCGCUGGAUGUGCAUUUAGUGGUUCCCAGAGCAACCUAGCCAUGAUGCAGCAGGGAAGGCUGUCGCGUGCGGGCUCCGUGAAGAGUAUACACAGUGUUGGGAGGGGCAGGGAUGUUUUUGACGGCAUGGAUAUGAGUGGCAGUAUGGGUAACCUGAGCGGACUUAAUGGUCUGGACAUGCCUACUGCCAUAAGCUAUCUGGAUCAGUCCGAUCCAAACCUUCAGGUGCUGGGAGCCGCCUACAUCCAGCACGAGUGCUACCAUAACAACGAGGCAAAGAAAAAGGUGAACCAGUUGAAGGGAAUUCCAUAUCUUGUGCAAUUGUUCAACUGUGGGAAUCUGGAGGUACAGCGCUAUGCAACCGGAGCCACCAGAAACCUCAUCUAUGAGAACAUGGAGAACAAAGUGGCCCUCAUUGAAGCUGGCGGGAUACCUAAACUCAUUGAAACCCUGAAAGACCAAGAUGACGAACUCCGCAAGAACAUCACAGGUAUUUUGUGGAAUCUCUCCUCUAAGGAUAACCUGAAAGAAAGGCUGGCAAGAGAAACUCUUCCUGAAUUAACUGACAAGAUUCUGAUUCCCCUCUCCGGCACCGGAGAGCAGGAAAUCAUUGAGCUGAGCCCAUCAGAGUCAGAUAUCUUCUUCAACACCACUGGUUGCCUCAGAAACCUGAGCUCAGUAAACGAGAAGACCAGACAGCAGAUGAGAGAGAUGCGUGGCCUUGUAGAUGCUCUGGUUGGCUAUGUUCAGAAAUCCUUGGAGGACAGUAAAGUGGAAGAGAAGGGUGUGGAGAAUGCUGUGUGUGUGCUGAGGAAUCUUUCCUAUCAGCUGUACAGUGAGAUCCCCCCAUCAGCACUGGCUCGUUUGGAGGGUCCGAGUCGAGCUCAAAGCUCUUCAAAAGGAGAAGCCAUUGGCUGUUUCACACCUCAGAGCAAGAAGGCCAAAGACAGGCAAAAUCAGGACCUCACAACAUUCACAGAGGUGUCACGGCAGCCCAGGGACAUAGAGUGGCUUUGGCACCCAAAGAUAGUGGAGCUGUACAACCAGGUGCUGCAACGCUGUGAGAUCAACAGCACCACACGGGAGGCUGCGGCUGGAGCCCUGCAGAACAUCACCGCUGGAGAAAAGAGGUGGGCAUCCAUCCUGAGUCGCGUAGCAUUGGAGCAACAGAGGAUGUUGCCUGUGGUUUUGGAUCUUCUCAGGACCAACAACGAUAUAGAACUCCGUUCUCUCACUGGGUUGCUCAGAAACCUCUCUGGUCAUGCCAGAGACAAGAACGACAUGGCCACAAAGGUGGUUAAUCCUUUGGUCAGCAAGCUUCCCGCCGACGGCCGCCCAAAAGAACCAUCAAGUGACGUGGUGGUGAACAUCUGCGGUACCCUCAACAACCUGGUGACCAGCAGCAGUGUGGCGGCACGAGAUAUCACCUUCUUUGAUGGUCUGCCCAAGCUGGUGGGCAUCAAAACUUCUCAUGACAGCAGCCCCGGCAGACUGAAAGCAGCCAAAGCAGCGGCAACGGUGCUAACCAACAUGUUCCAGUACAAGAAACUACACAAAGAUUACAGAAGUAAAGGAUUCCAGAGAGAAGAUUUUGCAGACAUGGGCAUUUGAAUCGGUCUUAAGCUGUCUGACUAAUACACCAUCGAUGAUAUUGUAUAAAAAGAAGACUUUAAAAAAAGACAAUGCAUAAAGAAAAUUCAGAAAAUGGACAACCACGCCUGCAACAUAAUGAAAUGUUCAGAAACGUAAAUGCGUAUAUCACAUACAAGACUUUAUUGCAAUAGAAUGGACGUUAAGCAAUCUCCUAAAUAGCCUUUUUCAAUUUUUAAGUUAGAAAAGUUUUUUUAUUGUUUUUUAAAUCCUCAUGGAUUUAUUGUAAUGUAUGCCUGUUUUUUUUUUACGUUUCGCAAAUUUACAUGAAUACACACUAUCCAUGAUAAGACCUUUCCUAGGAAUCCUGGAUCACUCUUUUUUAUAUAAAGGUACUGUAUAUAUUUUAGAUAUUUGUAGACAAAAUAGCUGUAUUAUGAUGCUACGACAAUACAUUUUAGCAGGAAAAUUUGGAAUUGUAAUGUUAUAGAUGACAUGUAAUUUGUUAUUUGUUUUACACUCAAAGUUUAUUUUACAUACAGAUGUAAACACAAGCUGGACAGAUUCAUGGUGUUUAUCAGCCUGCUUGCAUAACAAAUCUGCUUAUACUGUAUCUUACUAGUCUGUUUAAAAUCUGUUGGGUUUUCUAUAUUUUUGGUACUUUGUUGUAGUACAGUAUGCACAAAAAGCAUAAGCAAAUUAUGUAUCAUUAUUUCAUGUGCAAAUAAUGAUUUGAGUUUUAUUUUCAUAAUAUUGCAUUAAGUAUGGAAAAAUACCAUGCAAAUGUUUGAAUGUAAAUGUUGCGUAUGGUUGCAUUAAAACCCACACUAAUGGUUAACGGAAAGGAUGCAGCAUUCCAUCACGACAGAGAUGAAGUUGCAUUAAGAUUGUUUAAUUCACCAUAAUAUGCCAAAUGAAUAUUGUUUUUCCUACAUGCAUUUGGAAGAGCAAUAAAAAACUGCUCUUAGUAACACAAUUUCUGUUGUCAAAUUUUCAAGGUAAAACAAAGUGUCUAAUUUUUUUUUUUUUUUUUUUGUGCAAUAUGUGCACUAACAUAUAGAAUAUGGUGCAAUAUGUGCACUAACAUGUAGUGUUAAUUUGUUUGUAUAAACUUGUUUUUAUUGUGGUUACCAAAUGUUGAAUGUUCGGUUUGGGUUGGUAUGUCUUCAAUUUAUAUUUAAGCAUGCAGCAUAAAAUUGUCAGACUUUUAUGAAUGAUUUGCAAACUUGUUAUAUGUGGGAAAUGCUUUUACAGUAUGAUGAAUUAAUUCUGCGGGGAGACCUGGCACUUUAGGGCCUUUAAGAAUGCACGGAAUGUUCCCUCUAAAUCCUUUGAUCGUUCUCAGAUAUCUAGUGUAUUUUAUAACUCAACUUAAAUUUCAUUGUAAAAUGCAUGCACUUGUCAUAGGUCUAUGUUCAUAUAAAAACACAAUAAAAAGCAAAUAAAGUGGAAA